UAAUUGAACAUCCACUUCCGGUUGUAAUGGCUUCCUUGGAGACAGGUGCUCGUGUAUAAAUAAAUAUCUGAAAGUAGGAUUUAUCACGAUUUGUGGAAUACAAUAACACAUCUUGUUGGUUUAGCUAUAAAGCAAGAUGUCCUCCAGUUUUGUGGAGCCACGUGGAAUCCCCACCAUCUUUGGGGAGGUAGUAGAGAGGAAUGUUGCGUUUUGCAUCGAUACAUCAGGAAGCAUGUAUAAGGGCAUUGAAAUGGUGAAAGAGCAUUUAAUAGAAACUCUGAAAAAGAUGGCUAGCACAGGAAAACCAUAUUCAUUUAACUUGAUAGAGUUUAAUUCUGAAGUGAAUCAAUGGACAGACAAGCUUGUUACCUGUACACCACAGACUGUGGCAGUGGCAGAAGAGUGGAUUAAGAAAAUGGCAGCAAAAACUGGCACAAAUACCCGGGAUGCACUGUUAACUGCAUUACAGGAUCCACUAUGUGAUGCGGUGUAUUUAGUUACAGAUGGAUUGCCAGAUCAGUAUCCUGCAGAGAUUCUAGAGCAUGUUGCAAGCGUUGGGGGGAUGAGACCUAUUCAUUGUAUAUACCUUUCAACAGAAGAAACCACAGAGACUGCUGCAAUUGAGUUCCUCGAAGACUUGUCUAUUGAGUCUUACGGUUCCUUCCAUAUAGUGUCGCUCACCACUCAUGGGUGCGUUGAGCGAAUAACACCAAUCUACAGAGCUGAGCACGCACAAGAACGCAUCAUACGCACGAUAAAUGGAACAAUCCGCCCAAAUAUACAGAGAUGCAGUGUGGCAACUACUCUUCAAGUAGACCCUGAUGACAGCAUUUCUCUCGCACCAAGAGUCUUUGGCAGUACAGUCCCUCCCACCUGGUACCCACCCUGGGGUCCGUACUGGUAUGACUGGCUAGGUAUGCCAUUUCGCUACUACUACCCAUAUGCCUGGAGCAGGUACAGACCAGCCAAGGGCUGGAUAAAGGCCCAGGAGGCAAUGACAGAGUCCAUUGAGACCUCCGGUCUUUCACCAGCAGCCGGCUCACUGCUGAUCAACAAACAAGUACUGGCUAGAAGGAUUGAUGAUGGCUACUUCUAUCAGGCUACAGUCAAGAGUCAGAUCCUCUCAGACAAGUUCCUGAUAGGUUUUGGUCCAUGUAAACACAGCAAGUACACGGACACGACCUACCAGGACACCCAUGUAUUCGACAUCAUAGACUAUGAGGACGCCCGGCGACACACUAUUCUCACUGGGGACAAGGUACUGGCACCAUGGGUACCAGAGGGAGAGAGAUACGGGCCGGGUACCGUCAUAGAGGGACAUGAAAAGAGAAACGCUGAAGGGGCCUAUGAAGUGGCCAUUACAUGUGGUCCAUCGGACAAGGAGAUUGCAGUCAGUUUCACAAAUGGCAAGGUGUCCAACGUGCCUCUCAAUACGGCCAUCUGGGUUCCAAGGGAGGUGUAUGAGAGAAUCACGCUGGAGCUCAAGAUGCCACUUGAUGCCAGACAGGAGCUCAUGACAGAGGAGCGCUACCCCAUGGAGUCCAAGCAAGGUUACCCGACAUCUGGCCCCUCAGCCACUCCCCCUGACUAUGAGCUUGCUGACCCCCUGCUGUUUGACUAUGACCCCAUGGUGGUGGAGAGGAGGGGUCCCUGGAGAUACCCCUUCCACCCCCCAUACCCCCUCAUCAUGAAGAAGGGGCUGGAUACCACCCGCAGGCACCAGUUGGAGAGAGAAGAGAGGGACACAGACAAAGUUGUUCCAGGUACCAGUCUAUCAGAACAGGAACUCAAUGACCGGAUUGCCUCCCAGCUAAUGGAGCACAAGCUGCUAUUAGACGAACGCGAAACAGAAAAGGGAACCAGAAAGGAGAAGAGGGAACCUGCUGUUAGAAAAGGAACUGUGACUUCAGAUUCUGCUCCUAGACCGGGGUCCAGUAUACCAGAGGAACUGCAGAAGCGAUUGGAUGAGACACACAGGCUGUGGUGUGAGGAGAUGGAGAAGAAACAGCUUGAACAGGCCUCCACUGAACGUUCUCUUGGCGCUGAGGAUCCCAUAGAUGUAGAGGCCCAGCUCCAAAGGAAGUUGGAGGAGAGGAGACAGGAGUUAGACCGCCAGUGGGAGGCAGAGCAAGCCCUCAUACAGAGCCAGAUUGAGCGUGAACGUCUGCUGAAGCGGCGCGAGAAACAGGAAGAGAACCAUCUGCGGUCCAAGUCUGUUAGCUUUAGUGAUGCAGCCCUCAACAAGGAUGAUGAAGAAAGCGGGUACCAGUCGCACCUAUCCCAGGGAACCUCUAGUGGAAAUCAUUAUGAUGGCUACUACAGUGAUCCAGAGGACAUGACCUCGCAGUCCUUAAGGGAGCAGGGUGUGAACACAGAGGCAAGCCUGUUGCAGCGGCCCCGUAGUUCCCGGUCAGGGCGGCGGCCCCCAUGGAAGAACUACUGGCGGGCUGACCCCAGCAUGCCCAUAGUAAAUGCCCACCAGGGGCCUUUCAGGGAGACAGCUCUGGCUGCCCCCUUGGAAGCCAGAGACAUGAGCCGGACACCAUAUAUUGCCGAGUGGACCAGCCCUGUCUACAGGUAUGUGGAUCCGUUUGCCAAGCACAACUACACAGACUCCGUAGAGAAGUGCCUCAAACCUCCCACUGCCCCGCCUCCAAGACAGGUGGGCGUGGCUACCAGACCCACCCACACACGACCCAUGUCUGCAGACACCAAGGCAGCUCUGAGACAGGAUUUCAAACGUCGGCGAGAGGAGCAGAGGUCCCGUGCGUGGGACAUGCGCAUGAAGAACUGGGACAACAUGCAGGGCCUUAUGGAGGACCAGCACAAGGAGCGAGUACAGGCACAGAUCAGUCGUGAGAAGGACCGUCAGGUGAAGGAGCAGCGUCAGAUUGAGCAGUCCAGAGAGCAGAAGAAGUUUGUGAGCAAGGAGAUCCGAGAGAAGAAGGAGGAUGGUCAGAGGAAGGAGGUCCACAAGGAGGAGAUGCGUAUCCGGGCGAUGCAGCAGAGGCGUGAACACCGGGAGGAGGCCCAGAGGCAGCGGGAGAGACAGACCGAGGAGCUGCAGCAACGUAGAGCUGAGUUGAAGGCCGCCAAGUCGCAGGAGCGCUGGAACUCCGUGCAUCGCAGGCUGGACCAGGAAGAGGCGGAGAACUCUGUGCGCGCCCAGCAGCAUCAGCACGCCAAGGUGCAGAGGAUCCAACACUUCCAAAACCUUGAGGAGAAGGGACAGAGGAGGAAGGAUGUACGCAUCGGGGUCACCGACAGGCACCUCUCCAUGUUUGAAAGUGUGCCCUUGUUCUAGUUAUCAGGAUCCCUGUUCUGAUUCAGUUAGUUACAGUGGUUUAGAUUGGACUUCAAUGUGUUGGCUAUGCGUUUAAUGAUUGGCUCUUGGGCUACUUACCUUAGUUAAGAUUGGCACUUUGGUUAAAGGAAUUAGUUCUGAUUGGCUCUUGUGUUAGUCUUUAAGUUAUUUUCACACAUCCUGAUCUUGGCUCAUGUAUUUCAUGUAAUUACAAAAGAUCUGUGUAAUUUACAUCGUUAUGAUUGAUAUUUUUUGUUAUUUAUAAUCGAGUCACACUAAUUCUGAUUGGUUCUUAUGUUAAUAAAUAUAGAUGUAUUUUUCUUGUUUCUACACAAAACCUGAUAGAGCUUACAUUGGUUGGAAAGUGUUGAAUGUUUUAGUUAUUAAGAUAUACAUUAUUAGUUAUGAAAUUAUUCAUGUUUAUAGCUAUUGUUAUGCUGUAGCUAAGCCCGAGUUCAAUGCUUGCCUUGUUG